UGGAUUCAUUUCAUUCACACUCAGCAGUGAUCAUGUAGCCUGAAGUAUAUACUUGAAUCCAAAUUAGUAUUGACUUCUUUAUCGUUCGGUUUCAAAAAAGAAGAGAGACUGUCUCAUUAUAUUCUUAUGCAUUAACUCACCUUGGGUCAUUUAGUGUCUUAUCUUUUUUAAUUGUCUUAUUUUUAUUAUUAGUGUUUUUUAAAUAUCUACUUCAAUUGCUGGACAAGAAGAAAUGGAUAUAAAGUGUCGUACACCCGCAUGUCGAAAUGUUUUGUGCCUGUUUGAUGUGGACGGAACGCUGACGCCCCCCAGAGAGAAGAUCGACCCCGAGCUCGACGAGUUCUUCCAGGCCUUGAAGCAGAAGGUGAAGAUCGGCGUGGUGGGGGGUUCGGAUUACUCCAAGAUCGCAGAACAGCUCGGAGACGGGGACGAAGUCAUUCAGAAGUUUGACUACGUCUUUGCCGAAAACGGAACAGUGCAAUACAAAGACGGCAAACUCAUCUCCAAACAGGCCAUUCAGAAUCAUCUGGGCGAGGAAUUACUGCAAGAUCUCAUCAACUUCUGUCUCAGUUACAUGGGGCUCAUCAAGCUGCCCAAGAAACGAGGGACGUUUAUUGAGUUUCGUAACGGCAUGAUCAACAUCUCCCCGAUCGGACGCAGCUGCACGCUAGAAGAGCGAAUCGAGUUCUCGGAAAUCGACAAGAGAGAGAAGAUUCGAGAGAAGUUCGUGGCGGCUCUGCAGGAGGAGUUUGCAGGAAAAGGCCUGCGGUUCACAAGAGGGGGUUUGAUCAGUUUCGACGUGUUCCCGGAGGGCUGGGACAAACGCCUCUGUCUGGACGUCCUGGAGCAGGAGGGAUUGGACGCCAUCUACUUCUUCGGCAAUGAAACGUCGCUGGGCGGAAACGACCACGAGAUAUUCGAGGACCCUCGUACCAUCGGCUUCACCGUCUGCUCCCCUGAAGAAACAGUGCGGCUCUGCAGGGAGAUGUUCUUCAACACUCCUCCCAAUGAGGCGUGACACAAACACACACACCAGACUGCCUGUGUGCUGCUCCCUCUGCUGGUCACUGGGGGAACUGACCCUGAGAACCAGCAGAUUCAGACAAACCCAAUUUACCACUGCUGGUCUUCAGACUCAAGGGACUGUGUGUAUAUAUCACUGAUGGACCCUCAUCAGGACAUGUUUAUAGUUUUGUAAAGUUCAAACAUUAAUUUUAAGUUGAAUGAUUCCAUCCUUUUUCAAAUAAAAAGUGUUUUCCGGCGGCCACGUUCACACUGCAGUGACAGACGCAUUAAAAUACUGUAUGAUGAAUCCUCCGUAUGACGGACAGAAUGCAGGAGUCACUCCAGAAAUGACGAUGAUUGAGGCUAUGUUUACACGGAAACGAUCUGAAGAGAAAACUUAAAAGUGGCGUUGCCUUAUCCCUUUUUAUUCUUCGUUUAGACGAGCGUAAUGGUUGGGAAAUUUGCGUGUAUAUGGUGACGCAAAAGUGUGUAAAAUUCGAUGUAGUAUGCACUCCAGGCGGCUAGGUGGCGAUGUGGAGCACUGCCACACAACAACACCAAGUCCGCGCGCCUGCGUACAACCUUCAAUACACCUUCUCUGAUCAGUAAUACUAUGUGAGAAUAUUUCGUACAACUGCAGAAAAGACUCUUGUAUGUUAAUCAGAGCUGCUAGGGCAACUUGAAGGUCCGACGUAUGGAAAUAAUCUGACAUGUUGGUCGUUACUUUCCUGUAUUGGCGCAUGCCGGUGACAUAAACACGUACGCGACGAGAGCCACCUUGAGCAGAUUUGCAUUUUUGCCAUUUAGACAGGAACGUGACGGUGGAGCGUUUUUAAGAUUUCCACUCUGGAGGGUGGUUUCUUUUUUUUGCGUUUUUAAGCCCCCAAAACACUGUCGCCGUGACAGAAAAAAAUAGUUUGAAAAAUAGUAAAAAUAGUGACAGAAAAAUAGUUCCUACUUCGAAAGAUCAAAUUCAAUUCUUUGCAUUGCUGGCAUUUUCUUUUGUAAUUUGUGAAAUUUAUUAGCAAUUUAUGAAAUGUUUCUACACCCUUUUCUUUUAGUGAAUGGUGGAAUUUUAUUUAAAAAUGGCAAAAUUUGAGAGAAAGCAGUCAAGUAGUUUGCAUCCCUGAAUAUUACUGUCUGUCGGUCAUAUCAUUUAACUUUAAUAUCAGUUACCAGAUAUUAAAUAUAGCUAUAUUUCUCCUCACAAUCUUCAACCGUUAAAACUGAAGUUUGAAUUCCCGCUCAGUUUAUGUGAAAACGCAAACUCCGCCUCCUGAUUUAAUUGGCCAUCGAAAAUUGACGAGUGCUGUCUUGACCAGAAUAUCAGAAAUGAAAACACUUUGGCCACAUCUGAUUUGACCUGUUUCUGUUGUUUUCCUGGACCUCGGAUGAGCCGUUGGUUUCGUAAGUGUAUCAGCUCGAUUUCUUUAUCAGAUAAAUGCUUUCACUGCGUGAGUUAUCAGUUGGCACUGCUGUGAAUGACCGACCUCAAUCAAACACUCGUGCGGAAUGACAGUGUGAACGUGACCGCCAUCUUCGUGGCGAAACGAGCGAUGGAUUCUGUUCCGUGUUAAAUCGCAAAUUUGCGAUGGUCUCGUGAUCUUAUUUGCUGCUGCUGUCCGGGUUGAUUUCAGAGUGAGUUUAUUAUCGAUGUGUCUGUUUGUUUGUGACUGUAUAGCUGAAUGUGUUUCUAGUAUUCCCUCUCUGUGAUCUAGACUCUUGAGAUAUGAAGAUAUUCCGCAUAUUUAUUGAUGAAUUAUGAUAGAGAUAUUCACGCUUGUAGCAGAUAGUGAGAGAAGGGAAAAAAUCUAAUCUUGCAUUGCGUCGGCUGCACAUUUACCGUUACUUGGCAAGUUGUCGCGGGCGAUAUCCAGUCAUUUUAGAGCCUACACGCGAUUGGGAAUUUUGAUUGGGAGUUUUUUUCCAUGCAUAUUUUGCUUUGGGUUGAUGGUAAUGCGAUUAGAGUGCAACAGUCGGGUUCUGGAAGUAGAAACUUGAUUCAUUUUCAUCAUAGGGAAAUUUCUUUUUAAAGAUAACUUAUAAACCUUAGACGGUCUUGUUGUGAGUUACGAUUGUUAAAUUUUAUGUUUAUGAUUUGUUUCUGUUGAAGAUGUCAGCCAGAAUUAUUUUAACUUGGUGUUUAACAUCGAA